AUGGCAACCCGGUAUGACUAUGCAUUACUCGAAUUCAGUAACAUAUUAGCGGAAACUGAAGCAGCCUAUGGUCAAAAGCUGCAAUCAAUCAUUGACACGUUCUCACAAUCGAGACUAGACCUCCCCCUAAAACGACUAUCAGAAAUCGCAAAAGUGCACAGUCGGACUGCGCAAAACCUGAAAAAGUAUAUGGAUCCAAAGAAGAAUGAACACUUGAACUUAUGGAAAAUGUGUAAUGUUUAUUCGUGUGGAGCAGUUGAUUUGGAUAAAGCAAUGAGGGAAACAAGAUCCUCAUUGAGAACAAAAAUAGCAGUUGACGGAACUGUUAUAGAGAAACCAAAGAGGAGAAACAUAUUUAAUUCAAUUCAAAAUCAUUUGAAUUCAUCGUCCUAUUCCACGUCAUCGAAGAAUUCAGAAUCUUCGGAAAAGACAGAAAAAGAGAGAAGAUGGUUUCCAAAGUUACCAGAUAGGAGAAUUGAAUUGAGGACGAGUCGAAAGAAUACGUCAUCUUCCGCUGAAUACGUGGAAGUCGAUGAGAAAACUCUCACGGGAUCCAAAUCAACACCGCCAACUCCUCCGAUAGUCAGAGCUCAUUCUCAGUUAAAGUCCAGCACCUCCGUCGCACCAGACAGUCAAAUGAAGCCACCUCGCCCUCCAAUCCGUACCACAAUUCCCGAUCCUCCAGCCUCGAUUCCUCCACCAAUCCCAUCGACUACCUCAAUUCCACCUCAACCAUAUGCCACUCCAAUCUACGGAGAUUUACAAAAAGCGUCGAAUCCAUUUGGAAUAAAUAAUAAUAAUAGGAUAGGAAUUGUUGAAGAGCAUUCACUACGUCUUCAAGAUGAAUGCUCUCCGAAUAAAGAAAUGUCAGUUGUUCGAAUUCGAACAGAUGUCGAUGUUUCAAGAGAAAUGACUAAAAAUGAAGCAAUGAUGAGUGUCUACGACAGUCCUCUGAUUAACAAAAGUCACUAUGUGAAUAUCCGACCGCCGAUAGCUCAAAAGCCGAGAACCUUCGUUCCAGAAAGACCUUCACCAACGAAAUCUGAUAUUGAUGUGACGCCUACACUGAUUUCAGUGGAUGGUUAUCAGAAUCCAGCACCAACACCUUCCCCACGGACUUAUUAUAACUCGAGUGAGAUACCUUCAUCCCAACGUUCCUCAUCCUCAGCCUACUCAUCCAACUAUUCAUCCUCUUCUAAUGUGACCUCAUUCGCAGUUGACAACGUUGUCUCUUCAUCUUCUGAUUCCUCGAAUAAUCUCUAUCCGGACGUCAUCGAGAAUGCACGAUACGUUCGUGUGGUGUCUCCUGAUGGUGCGCAUCACCGGUUUUAA